UACAGACACUGUUAGUUGACAUAAGGCGCAUUUGCUCUCGGCCAUAAGACAGCUAAAUUAAACUACUACGAAAAACAGUACUGGUUUUCGCAUAUGUAAUGAGUGUUCCUCGAUUGUUUUGAAGAGUGAAAGGAGCAAUUUGCGUUUGUUUUUUUUUACUCCGAAGCCGGAUUAAACAACUUCGACAGGAUGCCAGUUCCGCAAAGAACAGGACCUGUAAAACCAAAGCAGGUUUCAAACGUCCCGUCGCACCUACCAAAGAUACCGACCGUAAAGCUUACCAAGAAAAAGGAUGAGGAUGACGGGACAGAGAUGGCUGAUGGCACAGACGAAUGGACACAGGGAAAGACGCUGAUCAAACCCCCCGACCAGCUUGAUCUCAGUGAAGCGGAACUCAAAGAGGAAUUCACCAGGAUUCUGACUGCAAACAAUCCCCACGCGCCGCACAAUAUUGUCCGUUACAGCUUCAAGGAGCGCUCAUAUAAGCCAAUAAGCAAUGUCGACCAGCUGGCUGUGCACUUGGUGCUUGAUGGGAAUCUGCUGCAUCAGGAUUCCGACGAAGCCUGCAGACAGAGAGCCAGGCAGGGCCUGGAAAAAGGAAAUAUGCCAGUUGAGUCCACGGUAGCAGAAAUGGACAAGGAAAGACCUGACACUCCGGUAAUUGGGGAGGGGAUGUCUGAAGAGUUAGGGGCCGAGGAGAGACCAGAGAGUGCAGAACCCAAUAGUGCAAGCGGGGAGCAGAAGUUGACAAACCAGUUCAACUUCAGUGAGAGGGCAUCCCAGACGCUCAAUAAUCCAUUGAGGCACAGAGAAUGCCAGACUGAGCCCCCUCCCAGGGCAAAUUUUUCAGCCACCGCCAAUCAGUGGGAGAUAUAUGACGCCUAUGUGGAGGAGCUACGGAAGCAAGAGAGGAACAAGGAGAAGCAGAAAGCCCAGUCCAUGAAGAAGGAAGAAGAGAAAAGCAGGAGGAAGGCAGCAGUGGUCGAGACGCAGAGCGAUGACAUCACAAAUGUCGGACGGGCAGCGAAAAUCAUGGAGCGAAUGGUAAACCAAAAUGCGUUUGAUGACAUAGCACAGGAUUUCAAGUAUUUUGAAGAUGCUUCAGAUGAGUUCCGGGAGCAGGAAGGAACAUUACUUCCACUGUGGAGAUUCCAGUAUGACAAAGCCAAAAGGCUGACUGUGACUGCCCUCUGCUGGAAUCCAAAAUACAAAGACUUGUUUGCCGCUGGUCUUGGAUCCUAUGACUUUAGUAAGCAGGGUCAUGGAAUGCUGAUUUUGUACUCGCUGAAGAACUCCACCUUCCCGGAGUACAUUUACCGCACCCUCUCCGGCAUCAUGUGCCUAGACAUCCACGGCUCUCUGUCCUACCUCGUGGCUGUAGGCUUCUAUGAUGGUAGCGUUGCUGUCUACAACCUCAAGGAGGACGACGACGAAGCCACAUAUAGGAGCACCGCCAAAUCUGGAAAACACACUGAUCCUGUGUGGCAGGUGAAAUGGCAGAAAGACGAUAUGGACAACAAUCAUUGUUUCUUUUCUGUGUCAUCCGAUGGUCGUGUCGUAUCUUGGACUCUUGUGAAGAAUGAGCUGGUGUUUACAGACAUCAUCAAGUUGUCAGUGGGAGGUGCCACAGUGGAGGGGUCAGGGGAAGCACAGAAUAUGACCAUCGCGUGUGGGACAUCAUUUGAUUUCCAUAAGAAAAUUGAUUACCUCUUUUUAGUUGGCACGGAAGAAGGAAAAAUUCACAAGUGCUCCAAGGCCUACUCAAGCCAGUUCCUUGAGACCUAUGAUGCUCACAAUAUGGCUGUGGAUGCAGUACGCUGGAAUCCUUUCCAUCCAAAGGUCUUUAUCUCGUGCAGCUCUGACUGGACCGUCAAGAUCUGGGACCACACAGUGAGGAGCCCCAUGUUCACCUUUGACCUGAACUCUGCUGUGGGGGAUGUGGUUUGGUCUCCAUAUUCAUCCACUGUGUUUGCCGCUGUUACCAUCGACGGCCAGGUGCUCGUUUUUGAUUUGACUGUAAACAAAUAUGAGGCAAUCUGCCAGCAGCUCGUGGCUGCAAAGAAAACCAAGCUCACGCACAUCGAGUUCAACCCUGCGUACCCCGUCAUCAUCGUGGGGGACGACCAUGGCUUUGUGACCAGCCUGAAGCUGUCUCCUAACCUGCGCAAAAAGCCCAAGGAGAAAAAGGGGCAGGAGCUGCCUAAGGGCCCAGAAGUGGAGGUUGCCAAAAUGGAGAAGUUACUGAAUCUACUAAGGGAACCAGAUAGCAGCUGAGAGGUACAGAGGCAAAAGCUGCACCCGCUGAGCAUCUGUCUAAGGUUCUGUGUAACUGAAGGCUGCAAAAACAUACAAAGAGGAGAGUUCAGUGUUUUAUUUGUUAAUUAUAAAACGAAUAAAUAAAAAAUAUGCCAAUGCAGUUUAACAGUAUAUUAAAAAUAAGAAGACCGGCCCACUUUACAAUGAGAAUACAAAAAAAGGGGAGUAUUUAAUUCAAGUUAUUUAAAAAAGAAAUGCAAAAUCUUUAAAGUACAUUAAUUUAAAUAAUAAAAUACAGUGGUUUUUAUUUAGCUCACAGCCUGUAUUGUGUUUGAAUACAUUAUUUUCAACCAAAGACACAUUACAGAUAACACCAUAUUAAUGUGGGGAAGACAUUUUAUUAUAACUGGACAGUAUAGUGAAAGGACUUCAUUUUGUCUUUCUAAUAAUUUGAUAAUCAUUCAUGAUAAUGAAAAGCAACAUUCAGAGCUCUGAGAUACAGAAGCAGUAGGGGGUCUGUGGCUGAGGGAUGGCAGGAAAACCUACCCAGUUAUUCAUUGUCAUCACACAAUGUCACACUUACCCAAUGAAAACUACCACAUGCAUAUGGAAUAGAGAAGUGCCUUCUGUUAUAAUUUUUCACUUUACCACCGUAAAAUAUUUCUUUUUCAGUGGUACUAAGUUUAUGGAAAGUAAAAUAUAUGCAUCUUGUAUAUCUCCAGUGUUUAUACUGUAAUCUCGACAUCAACAAUAGCCACUUAUGUCCUUUCAGUCAAAGUUAAGCUUGUUAAAUCAAUAAUUUUGUCCUGUAAUAUUUAUAUUAAACACACAGUGUCUCCCUGUUCCUGUACAGGUUACCAUGAAUCCUUAGUACUAUGAAAAGGUAAAGAGUAGCUUACUCAGGAUGUAAAAUGUAAACUUUAUCAGUUUACUUAAUUCACUAUUAUGUAUGAAUAUCUUUAUGACAACAUUGCUUGCAUGUUUAUACCACUAAAGAAAUUAUUGUAUGUUGCUGUUUUUCCUCUGAAUAAUUCAGACCCUUGUCUUGUGCAUAUCAUUAACAAAAAAAGUAUUUUCUGGUGUUCAAUUUCAAUAACCUUUGACCAUGCAAAUACAUCAGAUAUAUCUUUCCAUAUGAUCGAAAAACUUAAGUCUCUUUUAAACAUUUGUCUUUUCCAGCUGUUACUUUUUAAGGUCUAUUUUUUAACUAGCAUUAAUAAUAAAAUGUUAGCCUAGCCUAAGGAACAAAAUAAAUAUUUGGGAAUACA